GUAUAAAAACGAUUUUCGGAUGUGCCACGCAAAGACUUCAGAAAAAUAUAUUAAAUAAAUAGAACACUUUUAAUAUUUGAAGUGAUUGCAAAAAUUUUGCGUUUAAAUUCUACAAAUUGACAUAGACGAGUUAUUUGUUCGUUUUUAAAUUAUAAUCUUGCAAUGGGAGCCGGACAGAGUGUUGAAAUUCCUGGUGGUGGCACCGAGGGCUAUCAUGUACUUAAAGUCCAAGAUAAUUCUCCUGGUCAGAAAGCUGGUCUUGAAGCAUUCUUUGACUUCAUAAUUGCGAUUGGAGGUACUCGUCUCGACCAAGACAAUGAUAUGUUGAAAGAAUUGUUAAAACAAAAUUUAGAAAAGUCGGUUCGGAUUACGGUAUAUUCCAGUAAAACACAAACCGUCCGAGAACUUAACAUAACACCUAGCGGCAGUUGGGGUGGCCAAGGCGUACUAGGUGUAAGUAUACGUUUUUGUUCCUUCGAAGGAGCAAACGAAAGUGUAUGGCAUAUUUUGGAAGUGUAUCCCAACUCACCAGCAGAAACUGCAGGUCUACGUGCAUACACAGAUUAUGUAAUUGGUGCUGAAGCAAUACGCCAUGAACACGAUGAUUUCUUUAUGUUAAUAGAAACUCACGAACAACAACCACUAAAAAUUUAUGUUUAUAAUAUCGAAGAUGAUGCGUGUCGUGAAGUCACUAUUAGACCAAAUUCACAAUGGGGUGGUGAAGGUUCUCUCGGGUGUGGUAUCGGUUAUGGAUACUUACAUAGAAUACCAAUACAGCAACCACCUUUAGAAAAGAAACCGCUUACAAUACCAACAACUGCAGCGACACCAUCUAUAACAACACCCGCAGCAGCGACUGCCACUGUUCCUUUGAUUGCUCCAACAUUGCCAUAUGUACCACCAUUGACAAAUACAUUUACACAGCCUGCUGCAGCAAUUGCAAGUGCUGAAUCAACAAAUAUCAAUUCUCCCCAAACAACACAAAGUGUCUUUAAAGCAUAUUUCAAUCCUGAUGAUUCGGCGGAUCCUGUCAAUGCUGCACUUGAAGCAAAAAGUUCUGACGCAACAUCCAGUAAUACACAAGAAAUAACAGAACUACCGAAGGAUAAUAUACCGUCCACAGUCACAACGAUGCCUUCCCCACAAACAAUGCAAACAUCAAAUCCAACAAUAGCACCGCCGUCUAAUAUUUUUAUACCUGGAGUUUAUGACAACAAUCAACAAUUUGGCUAUACACCUGUUUCAGUGCCACCACCCACUGCUGUUCCUAUGUUUGCUACUUCAACACAAAAUCAACAGUAUAUGACUGCACCAAUGACAUUAUCAUAUCCUACUGCUCAAACAGUACCAUCGUAUCCGCAAGUUCAGCCAUCAAUGGGAGGACUAUAUCCCACUCAAGGAACGCCUAUGCCUCCACAGUUAUUACAACAGCAGAUGUUGCAACCAACUGCUUCAAAUAUUGUACCCAUGCAUACUACAAAUAUAAUGCAUCCAUCGCUCGCUUCAGAAACUUCUGGUGUACCAAUUUAUACUCCUGUUAGUGCAUCGGCAACACCAAAUAAUUAAUUUUAACAAUUAUAAUAAAUUUUAUGUCAAAGAUUUCUUUUGUUUUUAGUAAAAAAUAUAUAUAUAUAUGCAAUCUGAACACUGGUUUUCCAAAAUAACCAAUGCGA